CUGCUGGUUGUGCCGCUGCGGCUGCUGCCGCUGCCGCUGCUGGUGCUGGUGCUGACAGCGGGAACACCACCACCAGCAGCCCCACCAGCGGCGAGGUGGGCGGCCGGUGUGUGCGUAUUGACCUGGUUCUCGACAACAGCGGGCUGGAGCUGUUCAGUGACCUGUGCCUGGCGGACCUGCUGCUGGAGGCGGGAGUCGUGGACCAGGUCAUCCUGCACGGCAAACCCAUUCCCUGGUUCGUGUCCGACACACUCGAGGGGGAUCUGCGUGACCUCCUCGCCAGCUGCUGCGAUGAGCGUACGACACAAGAUGAAGGAGCAGGAACAGGAGCCCCCGCCUCCUCUUCCUGCUCGCCUUCCUCUCCCUCUUCUUCUUGGCCUUCCUCCUCUUCCUCCUCCUCCUCAGCUUCAUGGCAGGAUGUACGGCACUUGGCGGUGCGGUGGCGUUCUUACUUGGAUUCAGGACGCUGGCAGUGGCGAGCGCAUCCCUUUUGGUGCACACCCGCGCCGUUUUGCUGGAUGAAGGCUGUAGCACCGGAUCUGUACGACAGCUUUGCGAACGGCAAUAGCGAUUUGAUAAUCUUCAAGGGCGAUCUUAACUACCGCAAACUGACCCAUGAUUGCAGAUGGCCCCACACGACUCCCUUCCAAGAGGCCCUACAGGGUUUCCGCCCCGCCCCGCUGGUGGCCCUGCGCACCCUCAAGGCUGAUGUGGUGGCUGGACUGGCCCCCGGACUCAGCCAGCGACUGAGUACGGCAGAUCCCGAUUGGCUGGUCAACGGCAAGUGGGGCAUGGUGCAGGCAGCACUGUGAUGCCCCGUGUGAGGGUAUCCUGUGAGGGUUAGGGACGGAGAGGAGAGGGCAGAGACAGCUGCUUGUUGCCCGGACAAGACCUAAAGAUGACGCCCCUUCAGGCUGGAAAACUGAGGAACACUUGCAGUUGUGAUUGGGGCGCUGUGAUUGGGAAGCGGUGGUGCUGCUGUGCUGCGUCCUGGUCGUCCUGCAGUUGGCCGGGCCACGGCAGGGAGGUGUGGCAGGCAGAUACCGGUACCGAUAGGUAGUGAGAGCGGCAUGCUGGGGCAAGUGGCUGCUGCAGCUGGCAUAGUAGAGGUG